AAUUAAUCAAUUUUCCUUACUUUUCUUCAUUUUCAAUUUCUUUUUAUCUCCCUUUUUUUAUGGGGAUUGUCUCUUGACCUUUCGGAUUAGAUAAAUUCUCUCAGAAUUUUCCUCAUCUUAGCGGGUAUCUAGACCUGCAUUUUAUUAUCUAGACUAGACAAGAUAAACUUAAAAAAACGCUAGGUUUUUUUUUUUUUUUUUGGUGGUGGGACCGGGGGAGGGGGGGUAAUAUUUUUUUCCAUCUGUUUUCUUUUCAGAUAAAUCUUUUAUGGGUUGCCUAUUUUUAUUGAGCUGAAAAUAUUGUUGAGAAGAAAAGAUGAUGUGGGACGAGUGGAGCAAUGAUUUCCAACACGAUUACGAGGAAGAACAACAUGAGCAACAGCAGCAAGAAGAGGAUGAUGAUUCUUAUCUUAAAUUUGACUUCUUCUCAGUUUUGUCUAAGCCCAAGGAUUACUAUAGAAUACUGGAAGUGGAUUAUGAUGCUACAGAGGAGGUCAUUCGGUCCAAUUAUAUCCGUCUUGCUUUGAAAUGGCAUCCAGAUAAGCAAAAAGAUCAGGAUAGUUCUACCUCAAAGUUUCAGGAAAUAAAUGAGGCGUACCAAGUUUUGAUUGAUCCUGUGAAACGACAAGAAUACGACAAUAAAGGGAUGCUACAAGCCUAUGAUUACGAUAUCGUCGAAUACCUUAAUCGCUACAAGGGUCUAAUUCUAACGUGUAACGGUCUUGGUAUGAAGCACUCCAUUUGGUAAAGCCCCAAGAUAUGCACCAUCCCCAUUGUAGUAUAUCUCGUGAUCCUACUGGCACCAUCGCAUAUUACAGGAGUUGGGAUGCACAGUUUGAUCUGUAGUUGACGUCAAUUAGGCAAUUGUACUAUCUUUUGCACAUGUAUAGCGAAGCUGCCUAAUCACCAACCUCAUUUUAGAGGACUGUUUAUAUGAAAUCUUCUUGUUUCUAUUUUAUCCUCUUUUCUUUUUGGGACUUGGAUCGACUAAAGAACUGGUGGCCUCUUGUUUUCGUAGAUUUCUUGCAAGAAUAUCAGUGGACUUUAUGUUGUCUCAAA